AUGGCUACUGUACACCACGGUCAACCCCAUGGUGACCCCCAUGAUGAUGAUUCCCUCCUGGACGACGACCUGAUCGAAGCCGAUGACGCCAUCGAAGCCGACGACCCCCUGCGCGAUGCCUCCGACACGGCCCCUCUGCGAGGCAACAUCCAAUCCGACUCGGGCAACAGAGGCAAUGCGUCUGGAUACGGAAACUAUCUGACCUCCUCAAUCGGUGGUGAAGAUCGUCGCGCGACACAAAACACCAUUGACGAGAGCGUGUGGGAGACAUUGUCGCGCGACUUGGUCGCCGUAUGGGAGAAGAUGCGCCAGGUGCUUUGGCCGAAGUAUCUCCUCGGAGGAAUGAUGCAGCGCGGAGGUGGUGGUAUGAGUGAUGCCGAGAGAGGCGAGGCGUCAGGAUUCGGUCGUAACAUUCGAGGACUCGUUGGACGCUGGCCGGAUGCCGACGUGGUCCUGCAGGGUGGCAUGAGCGAAGGGCUGCGCGAUUGGGAUCUCUGGGGACCGCUCAUCUUCUGCUUGGUAUUGAGUCUGUUCUUGUCUGUCGCAAAGGGCGAUCAAUCCUCAUUGGUAUUCUCGGGUGUAUUCUGCAUUGUCUGGAUCGGAGAGGCGGCUGUGACCCUUCAGAUCAAGCUGCUUGGUGGCAAAAUUUCCUUUUUCCAGUCCAUUUGUAUUAUCGGUUAUACGCUCUUCCCCUUGGUCAUUGCGGCAAUGCUCAGUGCACUCGGGCUUCCUACCAUUGCGCGGAUACCGGUCUAUCUAGUGUUGGUGGCAUGGUCAUUGGCAGCUGGAGUGAGCAUCUUAGGAGGCUCGGGGGUGGUUCGGAACCGUGUCGGCAUCGCGGUGUACCCACUAUUUGUCUUCUACGUUGCAAUCGGGUGCCUCUGCUUCAUCAGUUAA